AUGGGUGACAAGUGUCCCAUCCUUAUCUGCCAUUGCCAAUGGAGGGGGAGACACUGAACACUAGAAGGCAAUACCCUUGAGCAUUCAGGUAAGGUGAUAAUAUCUGCCUGUACUCCAACCUGAAGUUUUCUACAACUUUGAAGCAAGCUCGGGGAAAUUGCUAAUGAAGGGAUCUUCCAUGCUUGUCUUGUUAAGAUGCCACUACUUCUGGUUUAGUGGCAGACUGAGAUGUGCAGCUCUGUAGGGCCCUGGGACCCCUUGACCUCAUCCCCUCUGUCUCCUCAUCUUUCUGUUUAUAUUUUGCUUAUGAACUUUGUGGACCACUUAAGUCACAUGAGAAAAAAGCAUUUAACCAAGUAUGCACCUCCCUAUACCUGUCAGAGCCCAGGAGGUUCCUGCCACACUCAUUUCCACAUUGCAGGUGUCCCUUGGCAUUGGGCCUGUCUGGUCACAACAAGUUGAAAGAUGAACAGCCCUGCAGUGUUCUGCGUGGUCUUGGAGGCCUCCCACUGUUCCCAGUCUUCUUUUUUCUGAGACAGAGAUGGAAGAUUUUCCCUUGAGUUCAACUUGUCCCUCCCACCCAGUCACAGAAAUCCAAUAGUGUUGCAGGAGGCACCCAGGAAAGGAGGUGUUUAGGUCACUCUCAGGAUGUGAUUCUGGCAUCCCAUGUUGGUGUUCGGCCUGUGGGUGCUGUGUGGGUGGGCAGCACCCAGGACUCACUUCAGGGUAAAGCCACAGCAGCUGGUCUUGGAGCUGAGCCCCUUUAUUGCCCUGCAGGUGAGACUCUCCCUCUGUAGCAGAUGCACACAUUGAUGUGGUCACCCUCAGCACCAACAUGCCUCCACCCACCAUCUUUCCAGGCUGUCUGCUGGUACUGGGCUGCAUUCCCAAAGUCAAGGCUGGAAGGGAGGAUUGUCUGAAGGAUGCCCUUAGACAUAAGGAGCUCUUAUCAGGGAUGUCAGUGAGGAUAGUGGUGAAGGUGGCACAGAGACCUCUUGCUCUGGUUUCUGUGGCUCCUGCUGUCACCCCCAUGGCAGAGGUUGUCUGGGGUAAGAGCAGACCCUGCUGCCUGUGGAAAGGGAUGUUUGUGGCUGGGGCUCUGCAGCACCCUCUCGAAACAGCCAGGUCAGCUGUAACAUCCAUUUGAAGCAGAUCAGGGGAAAAGAGGGUAAAAGCCAGCUGACCAAGAAGGUGGCAGCCAAGUAUCUGGGUGACAGAAAAGGGCAUCUCAUGCUCUGGGCAGCCCACAGGGGUGUGUAGAGGUAACCACCCACCCUACCUUGCCUAAAGCUGGAGUCCCUGAGAGCCAGGGUACAAGAUGCCAGCACACCAAAGCCCGCCAGAUACAGCUUCACACACCCAUGUGAAAACACAGCUCCUUCCCCACCCAACACGUGGACACAUAUCACAGGACUUCACACAAAAAUGCUCCCUCAGAUGCAGAAAAAGGGCCACACCAGUAUGCAAUAAGGCACACACAGAGCAAGUCACUGCUGCUUACAUAGAUGCACACACAGCAUUUUGGGUCUAUUUAGACCCACACAGUUCUAUGCACUCACACAACCUUGCCCCAAUGCUUUUUCUGGCCUUUCCACACGGUGCCCAGCAGCUUUGUUCACCCCCCAAGCUGGGGACAGCAGAGCCCUGCAGCCCUGCCACACUCAUUUGGGUCUUCGAGACUGCAAAGGGUAAACUGGGACCAGAGGGGGGGGGGGCCUGAAAGCAAACUAAUGAUGAAAAUGUCUCCUCCAUGCCUGUGCCUUAAUUAAAUGCACGGAGAGGCUCAGGGAAGCACAUCUGUUUUCAAUCUGGAGCCCUUUGAUGGCAUCAAAUGUUCUUUCCCCAGAUCAGGGGGGAUGGAAAUUCUGGGCUGGCUGUGGCAGCUCGGAGCCCAGGCUCCAGCCACCGAGAAGCAGCGGCCUUUCCUGGCCGGCGGGACCCUGCCCCUCUGUGCCGCCAGCCCUGCUGCCCUGGGGCCCUUCUGCGGCGAGGUCCGGGGGUACCUCCCAGCACCUCUACCUGUGCGUGGCCACGGGGGCCAGCCGGGCGAGGGCAGGCUGCUGGGACCUCUUUGCUUGCUGCCCUCCGAGUGAAUCCUCUUUUUCUUUCUGCUGUUUCUCUUUUUGCCCUUUUUUUUUUUUUCUUUUUACCCUUCUGCUCUCUUCAUUUUGUUCUCCUUUUGGUCUGUUUCUCUUAGCUCUCUGUUGCACUUUUUCUUCCUCUUUUGCUAUUUUUCCUCUUCCUUUCCUCUCCUCUCUCCUGUUCACACUUUCUCUUCCAGUUACCCUUGGUCACCUUUUCAUCUGCAUUUCUCAUUUUCGCUAUUUCCCUCCUCCCGGCUCCUCUCCCCGGUCCCGGGAGCCUCCCCAGGGGCGCGUCCACCCUCCCCUCCAGGUGCAGCUCCGGCUGACUAGGGGGAAGAACCCUCACACCCCCUUGCGCGCCCCCCUACCCGGGGGGCUCCCCCAGCCGCCCCCCACGAGGAGCUGCCGAGCGCGGCGGGGCCCGCGCUGCCACCCCCGUCCCGGUGCCACGUCCCGGCGGGGCCCCGCGGGUGCCCGGAGCGGAGCCGCCCCCGCCGUUUGAAGUGCGGGGCGGAGGGGAGGGGAGGGCAGCGCAGGGGCGGAGGGAGCGGAGCCGCCGGCAGCGGGGGCGGAGGGACGGGGCGCACCCGCCCCAGCGGCCCCACAGCCACCCUGCGCCUCCCGGCCGGCGGCAGCUCCCCGCGCCGCCGCCCCGGCGCCCCGAGCCGGCCGCCGCCUCUCCCCUCCGGCAUGUUUUAAGCCCGGCCCUGCCCGCUCCCCUUCGGGCUUCCCUACCCGCCGCCGUCGGGUCCCGUCCCGUUCCCCCCGCUCCGGUCCGUGCGCAUCCCCCUCGAAGGGCCGGCGGCUGGGGGGGCGCGGGGGCGGUGGGCGCCCGCGGGGGGCGAGGGCAGAAAAGCCCCGCUCGGCACGAUGGCGUCCAGCUAUGCCCACGCCAUGGAGAGGCAGGCCCUGCUGCCCGCCCGCCUCGACGGCCCCGCCGGCCUGGACAAUUUACAAGCCAAGAAGAACUUCUCCGUGAGUCACCUGCUGGACCUGGAGGAGGCGGGCGACAUGGUGGCCGCCCAGGCGGAGGAGGGCGGCGGCGAGCCCGGCCGGAGCUUGUUGGAGUCCCCCGGGCUGACCAGCGGCAGCGACACCCCGCAGCAGGACAAUGAUCAGCUGAACUCAGAAGAGAAGAAGAAAAGAAAGCAGAGAAGGAACAGGACUACCUUCAACAGCAGCCAGCUCCAGGCAUUAGAGAGAGUCUUUGAGAGGACACACUACCCCGAUGCCUUUGUACGGGAAGACCUUGCACGCAGAGUCAACCUCACUGAAGCCAGAGUUCAGGUGUGGUUCCAGAACCGGAGAGCCAAGUUCCGCCGGAACGAGAGGGCGAUGCUGGCCAGCAAGAAUGCCUCUCUGCUCAAAUCCUACUCAGGGGACGUGACCGCCGUGGAGCAGCCCAUAGUACCUCGCCCAGCUCCGAGACCCACUGAUUAUCUCUCCUGGGGCACCGCCUCGCCUUACAGUGCCAUGGCCACCUACUCCGCUACGUGUACCAACGCCAGCCCGGCGCAGGGCAUGAACAUGGCCAACAGUAUUGCCAACCUGAGACUGAAGGCAAAGGAAUAUAGUUUACAGAGGAAUCAGGUGCCCACAGUCAAUUAACGACUGGAGGCAGCUGCCUUGCAGAAGGAGAAAAUGCAACAGCACCCGUCCUGCUUCGCAACUUGUCUGUGCUGAACUAAAAAAAAAAAAAAAAGAAAAAGAAAAAGAAAAAAAAAAAGCAUAAAAAGAAAAGAAAAGAAGAAAAAAAAAAAAAAAGAAGAAGAAGAAAAACAGCCAACCCUCGCCCAGAACUGAACGUGGGGAGCAAACUGAACCGCUCGUGAGUGACAAGGUUCCUCCUUCCUUUUGGGAUAAUGCCACCAUUUUUUUUUUCUUGUUAUUGUUGGGUUUAUUGCUUCUGCUCAAUAUACUACGAGCUUCUUCAGUAAAGGACAGUCUCACCCUUGUUGGUUUCCAUUUUUGUAUGGGACUGCAAAAAGAAACCUCUGCCAGUCUCAGCCCAGGGACAAGUCCCACCACCACCGUGCUGAGAUGCAAAGCUUGCUCCUCUCCCUGCUGCCCCAGCUCACCCAUGGAGAAGUUGCUUGGUCACCGCUUUCCAUUGCAUCCACCUGGCCCUCAUCCCUCCAUCCCUUGUACCACAGAGGCAGCACCAUUAGUGGUAGUCUGCAAGAAGCCUGUUAGUGCAGCGAGAUGGAUUCAUCCUGUCUGGGUUGCCUGGACCACUCCAAGGUGUGAGGAAGACCUCCUUGGGCUUCAGAGCACUUCGUUGCUUUGCUGGGUAUUGCCAGCACUGCUGCCUCAAAAAGCCAAAGAGAGAAAAGCCAACGUGGGUGUGUGAACAGGGGGAGGGCAGCGGAGGGAUCGCUCUGUAGUGCCAAGAAUAGGACUGUUAGGACACUCCUUUCUAUGCCUUACAGUUUGUGCCACAGGGAAAGGCGUUGUCCGGAUGCAUUUGUUUUAUAUAUACUGUAUAUAUUUAUAUAUAUAAGAUAAUACAUGCAAGCUUGGUUGGUGUUUUUUAUUAAACGAAAUAAAAUCCAUUGAAAAUGUUUGGGAUGUUUGUGCUGCAUCCAGGUCCCUGGAGCCAGGCAUUGAAAUUCCAGCCACAGCCUCUCUCACCCUUGUCAGAGCUCUGCCCGGCAGCCUUGGGCAGCCCUGGAAGUGGCAGCUCACGUCCUCCCGUGACAGCCCCACAGAAGUGGUGCUGGAGGGAGCCACACUCCUUUGCAGAUUUUCCCCACAGGCAUUUGCAGCUUCCUAGAAUACAACAAGGAACUCCUCUCCAAUCAGACGGGUUCACGUGGUUCCUGAGAGCACAGAAGGACAUCCCUAUGGAAAGUCUCUGCCGGCCCCUCUGACGACAGGUGAUGUCUCAGCAUCCCACCAAAGACCUUAUCACCCCCCACUUCCCAUAACACUGCCCAGUGAGGCUUGUCCUGUAGCCUUAACCACUCUCCUUUGCUCUCCCUGCCUGCUGUCCUCCCUCUGGGCUCUGAUUAGGACCUAAUUUUUUUCUCUCAAUGAGGAGUAGAGGAGGUGCAGGACAGAAGAGGUUUCUUCCAUACAAACAUCCUGAGGAAACUAGGAUCUUUUAUGUUGCUGGUGAUGUCUGCCUCUUUGAGGGAGGCAGGGGGCUUAUUUAUGACCAACAGCACUUGUGUCCAAACUUUGCCAUGGAAUAGUCUGACUGAAAGUAGAAGAGCUACUCUGUGGUCCAGACUGGACCAUAAGGGAAGGAGAAGGAAACUCAGUUAUGAGAGAGAGUUCUGGUACAGGGGCUUAGGUCUCCACCCUGGUUUGCUGCAGACACGUUGGGCAUAUGUAGAUGUCUGACAGUGGGCUUUGAUAGACUAAAACAUCAUGUUCAGGAAAUGAGAAAGAAAUCUCUUCAAAGUGAAGGUGAAAAUUAAACUGGCAGAAGAUGAAUGGAAAUCCAGCCAGAGUAUUUGAGCUAACACUAGGAAAAAAGCCCCAAAUCCAAACUUGAGUAAGUUGUGCCUGUGAUUGUAUGUGUUGCUGCUGGAAAUUUUUUUUCUCCCUGUAUGGGUAUUUUUGAGGGGGGAAAAAAAAGAAGUUAAAUUGUGAUCAGGACAAAAAGCUGAAAGUCACAAUCAGAACAUCAGCAGAGACAGAGAGGCUGGGCAAGCACUGCAUUUUAAGAAAUCCAUCAUGUUCUAUUUGAUCCCUUUUUUUGGUUUUCUGCAGUCUGGAGAACCUAACAUCUCUAAAUAUUUCUAUCAUGAGUAGUGUGGUUCCAGCUCCUAGAGCCAAGUGAUCAUGUUGAAAAUCUCAGCGUGCACUUAGAAACUACUCACUCCUGAUUGCUGUGCCUGCACAAACAGAGGAACUAUUAAAGAACAUGUCCUGCAUAAGCAGAAAGGACACAGUGCCUUGCAAUGUUACUCAGAGGUUGACCUGGUUGUUGAGUGCCUUAAACUGGUGCUCUCCCCUCUCCUUGCCUUGCUGCCCUUCUCCACAAUCCACUGACAUCCCAGCAGUGACAGUGGCCUGGAUGAGCUCCCCUGGCCUUCCCCGAGUGUUCACCCUGGAGCUCUUUCCUUCAGCGAGUUUCAGCUCUUUCCUUCAGUGUCUUGGUGGCCUUUUGGCUUUCCCCUUGUCUUUGCCCACCUUUUCUGCAGUAGGAAAAUCACCUUGAGCAGCUUUUUUUUUGUUGCCUGUAUACAGACACCUCUUUCUGAAGUUAGCAAGGAGACAGUUCAGAGAGCAUGAAGCUCCUGGUACCCCAUCACCCAUCCAUGGACCAAGACACCCAUCCCCACACUGUGAUGUUCACAUGAAGGGGCCACAUAAACAUCUGUGCAAACCCACCUUCAGCCUCCUCACUAUAUUUGUGUGAGGAAUGGAAUUGUCUGGCACAAGCUGCUCCUGUGGGAAGGUUGUGCAAGCUUUUGAGUUCCAGUUUGAGUUGGGUCUUGCCUCGUUUCGGGCUGGUUGGUCAGGGAUGUCCUCAGGUGACUGGGCUGUUCUCAGUUCAGAUGAGACCUUUUACAUCACCUUUGGGCUGGGUGAUGGGUGACCCAAUAAUUAGGUUUUUUACAUGGAUUUACUAAACAGAGUCUAGCCGGAUGAAGGGGGAGGUUUUGGUGUUUGUUUCUUAAUUGCUGGUGAUCUCAGCCAACAGGCAGCGUCUUGUUGUCUAUCAAGCCAAAGCCAAAUUUUAUUAUUCUGUAUGUUUAAUCUGUAUUUUAUUAAAACAUGUAAAUAUAUGUGCAAAUCAAGGGCCUUAUCCUCAAAGCAUGGAGUUCUCCAGGGUUUUAGUAGACUUUUGGUUGCAGCUCUAGGAGGUUGCCGUGGUUACCACAGUUAUCACUAGUUUUGGGUACCAUUCGGGGAGAAAACGGUCUUGAGACACAUUUCUCUCACCAGCUCUGUACAAAUGCUGUUUUCUCAGGCUCCCCCUUUCUCAAUAGGUGGCUGAUUCUCUCUAAGUGGGAUUUUUGAGCAUGACAGGGAUGGAUGAUUGAUGAGGCUGUUGGAGCUUGACGUGUGAAGCCACGGGAUUCCCAGAUGGAAGUGUAUCCUGUAAAUUAUCUCUUGCUUUGUGAUGUAAAAUGUACAGUGUUUACACUAGAAUAGAAAUGAUCAUUUUCAAUAAAAGGGGGAAAAGACUCCCCAGUCCUUUCUAUAAGCUGC